AUGAUGGAAGAAGUGGAGCAAGACUGGCGUCAGCACUACGACGCCUGCUACGAAAGGCCGCCCACAGCCGUCGCCACGACGGCCACUGCGCCCGUCAUCACCAGUCAGACGCGGACAUCCGAAAAAGCUCCCGACCAAAGCUCGGCGAUGCAGAGCUACAGCUCCGCCUCCAAGCUGGUGCCCUCCAAGCGGAACAGGAGCGUGGGCACUAUCCUUGGCAAUGAUACGAGCACGAUUAUUCUGCGUUCCCUGGUCCUGCUCGUCGUCGGUGCGCUCUGCCUGACCCUCAUGACUUUGACCGUGGUGAACUUGAGCGGCUCUGAACAUGGCCAUUCGUCGGGCAAUAGGCAACCCGUGGCGGCUGAGGAGGGUUCGCCACAACUCGAUGCGCCAGGACUGCCGCCGGCCGCCACCACUCCUCGGCCCGCGGCGGCGCCAGUGGCAAGGUCUCAAGCCAAGACACGGAACCAGCGCACGCACUCGAAGCAAGCCAACAACACGUCGGGAAAGAAGGGUAACCCGUCGACGGAAGACAAGGAUGGCGGACGUGGUUCGGAAGACACACAGGUGGGUGCACGCUCACGAUUCCAAAAUGCGCGUUGGGUCUGCCAUAUUGUUUUUUUUUUUUUUCGUUUUUGGUUGCGUCGCACUAAGGACUUCUCGUCUGUCCAGAAAAACUCCCCCUGCGGAGAGCCACAACAGACAUACUGCCCCGAGAUCAAGUUGUCCUUCUUCUACCGCUACGAGCGCGACUACUGCGACUCCACCUACCGUGAGCAGGUGUUCGUGUGCAACCACAGCCCGAACCGCUUCAGCUCGCGGAAAGGCUGCACGAACGCUUGUAUCAAGAACGCCAAGCCCUUCGCUAGGUGCAAGCAGCAACCCAUCUUCACCAAAUGCAACAGGAACGACGUCAAGGCCUCCUACUGGUACCGCGAGGGUGAGCGCUGCGUGGAGUGGGCAUACCCGGACGGCUACUGCGCCACCAAGCACAGGGGCGUGGCGCGAAGCCUGCGAGAAUGCCGCGACGAGUGCCUCGGUCCCGGCACGAACGACCACAGCUGCACGCUGCCGGCCGAGUACACUUGCCCGCCAGAAGAACUCAAGUUCCCGUACUUCGCGCACACCUUCUCCAACGGCACCGUCGCGUGCCUAUUGGCCGACAAAGAACUUCUACGCCAGCACCGCUGCCUGGUGGGCGAAAACAAGUACGCCUCGAGGGACGAAUGCCGCAAGGCUUGCUCCAAGAACGCCGAGCCACCAGAUGACAGCAGGAAGUACUAGCCGAAGACGGUGGAGUGGGCUGUGGACUGUGCUCUGUUGCAGUAUUUUGUAAGUGCGCAAAAAAAAAAAAAGAAGAGUCGGUUCCGGCGUGCUGUCGGGAUCUGAAAGUGAGGACAAAUACAGUGUUCUUUUUUGCUGUUGUUUUAAAGUUCUUGUUUUUCUAUGUAGAAAAUAAAGAGUGUAAAGAAU